GGGCGGGUUUUCGCUGAAAGGAGGAAGGAGGCUUGUGACUGGCAGCGGGAUCCAACCUUCAAAAGCCGGCUUGUCUUUAGCUACCUCCUUCAGAAAUACGGGGAUAUAUGGCUGCCAAAGGGAUGAAUCUGUGCAAUGUAUGCUGCCUGCUUCUUUACAUUACCACGGCGGUGCUUGCGGGGCGAGAUUUCUAUAAGAUCUUGGGGGUGAGCAAGAGUGCAUCAAUCAGGGACAUCAAGAAAGCCUACAGAAAGCUGGCUCUCCAGUUACACCCCGACAGAAACCAAGAUGAUCCAAAAGCUCAAGACAAAUUUGCAGACUUGGGGGCAGCUUAUGAGGUGCUCUCAGAUGAGGAGAAAAGGAAACAGUAUGACGCUUAUGGAGAAGAUGGACUCAAAGAGGGUCACCAUGGCUCACACAAUGAUAUCUUCUCCAGCUUCUUUGGUGACUUUGGCUUCAUGUUUGGAGGCAACCGACAGCAGCAGGACAGGAACAUCCCCAGAGGAAAUGACAUCAUACUAGACCUGGAGGUCACUCUUGAAGAAGUGUACUCUGGGAACUUUGUAGAGGUUGUACGUAACAAGCCUGUAGCUAAAGAGGCCCCUGGCAAGAGGAAGUGUAACUGCAGACAGGAAAUGAGAACGACGCAGCUUGGACCUGGUCGCUUCCAGAUGACUCAGGAAAUGGUCUGCGAUGAAUGUCCCAAUGUAAAGCUGGUAAAUGAAGAAAGGACCUUGGAGGUAGAAAUUGAACAGGGAGUGAGGGAUGAAAUGGAGUACCCUUUCAUUGGAGAAGGGGAACCUCACAUCGAUGGCGAACCUGGAGAUCUGCGCUUCCGCAUCAAAGUGUUAAAACAUCCUGUGUUUGAGCGCAGAGGAGAUGAUCUGUACACAAACGUUACCAUCUCCCUGGUGGAGGCACUGGUCGGCUUUGAGAUGGACAUUGUACAUUUGGACGGACACAAGGUCCACAUAGUGAGAGAUAAGAUCACUAAGCCUGGUGCUCGAAUGUGGAAGAAAGGAGAGGGCCUGCCAAACUUUGACAACAUCAACAUCCGAGGUUCCCUCAUCAUCACCUUUGAUGUAGAGUUUCCGCAGACACAGCUCGAUGAACAGCAGAAAGAUGGUAUUCGGGGUCUUCUGAAGCAGGGCUCUGUACAGAAGGUUUACAAUGGACUACAAGGAUACUAAUACUAAUAGACACAGCCUGGACUGACUUUUUUGCCACACAAACACACACAUACAUCUUCAGUCAUCAAGAGGAUGCUCUGUAAUUUUUGGCCAGGAUGUAUUUAUUAUUUUCAGAUUGUUCUCAGGAUGGCUUGAAUCCAAUUACUUUUUAAUGCAGUCACAGUCGCAGAUGUUUUAUUUGAAGUGUAUAAAUGGAAAGACUGCAAUGUUGUCCCAUCCCUAUAUUGUAAUAUGGCCCUUUUGUUGAUUUUUAAAAUCAAAUUCACAACCGAACACUAUCUGCUAGUUUUAGACAACUGUACCUUUCUGGAGAAGACCAUCUGGCAAUUACUGAGCUGCUAAGAAAACUGGACAGAUAAAGAAGAAAAUUCCCUGCCAAUUUUUGAACAACUUUCAACCUGUGCAAGACCAGAAGAUGUUCUGCUGUUUGUUUGUUUUCUGAAUGUACCAGCUCCACAUGUUGACUCAUAAACUUUUCUUUCUCUGGUCAGACCCCUGUUCAGUAAUGCUUCGUAAAUAGGGAGGAACAAAGCUUAUCUGUUUGUUGUGUUUUAGUUUUCCUAAUUUAUGUUGGUUCUUAUUUUUCUGUUUGCAUUUGAGGCAUUGAGACAGGAGAAAUGUCUGCGUUGCACAGCCCCAGUGUUCACUGUGGCAAGAGUUGACCUCUUAAACAGUGCCGUUUUAUUGUUUUGGAGGAAUAUGGGCAGGUUGCACAUCCUCCAGCACCACUGUAGAAAAGUCUUGUUUCACACACCUCUGACGCUCUCCCUAUCUGGGCACUUCAACUCAAAGGGACUUCAGACCGUGAAGUGUCAGCUUCCCUGUUGGCUAUUGCUCUUCCUGACCGGCCACCAUUUAGUUAGGAAGUACUGACGCUGGUUCGGUUUAUAAUGUGUUUUUAGGAUUUCCCUUCUCUCUGUUUUUACUGUCGACUGGAACGCUGCCUCCAAAUUUUAUGAAAGUUUCAUGGCCUUAAAUGUGAAUUAUUUGGCCAUUUUUAAUGAGUGUCCAAGGGGAUAAUGUACUUUUGACUGACUAUAAAUAAAGAUUUCUACAAAUUCUGA